CGCCGCCUCCAUAGCAACCAGUGUCAGUGGCGUCACAUCCGGGAAACUGUCUCUCCAAGAUGGCGGCGAUGUGGGAAGACAGGGAUUUACAGGGAAUACGCCAACGCUUCCAGUUGCAGGCGGAUAGUUUACUGAGGGAAGCUGGGGCCUCGGAGGCCGAUACAAAUGACGAUGAAAAGAAAAAGGAGAAGCCUCUCCCCAGAGUGAAUGUCCAUUCUGUGUUUUGGAUAUUGGUGGCAGUUUCGUUGUCUUACUAUGUCGAUUUCCUUCAAGUUAUACAAGAAAACCUACAGGAUGGCUGCUUGUGGCUCCUUGUUGGUGCCUUGUCACUGGUCGUCAGUCUUUCCAUAGCACUUUACUGCAUCGUUUAUCUUGAAUGGCGGUGUGGGAUUUGUGAUUAUGACGCUAAGUAUCCAGCUCUUGUUCCCAUCGCUAUUGUAACAUUCCUAGUGGCAGCAGUCUGCAUCAACGUUUCUCUAUGGCCGGUGUGGUCAUUCCUUACUCCGGUGAUACUGUUUACUCAGUUUAUGGGAUUUGUGAUGCUGGUGUCUCUUCUUGGAUGAGCGUGUGGUGUUUUGAUACUGGACAUUGGGCUGAUUAUCAUUAAUAGAACUGCGCAGAUCUAUUCCUGGAUAUACAUCCAUUCUUAGCAUUUAACAUAUGAAGAGAGAAAAGAUAUCUGUUCUUGGGAAACAGUGCAUGGGUGCUAGCUGUGCACAAAAUCAUGUUAAUGGUAUAUCGUUUGCUGUAAUAAAGCUUAGGUGAUUUUGAAGGUGUGUAACAUACUCAUAAUACUGCGUGAUAAUACUGUUAAGUCAACCAUAUCCAAAGGAAUAUGGAAUGCUGCCAGGAAAGAAGGAUUUGUGACAAGUACAUUUGUGUCACAAAGCCCAUUAAAAGUUCAAUUAAUAUGGCUUUAACUUGCUAUGGCUUUACAUUUCAGUAUGACCCGCACUAGAAAUUGUGACAUGUCGUUAAUGACUUACUGAGGCUGGAAGUAGAAACCGCAAAACUCCCCACUAUGGAAAUAAUUGUACCAGAAACAAAACUGUAAACUAUGUUCCUUUAACUAUAUUUAAAAUUUUUAUUUUCUUUAAUAUCAAUAUUAACGGACUAUUUCGAAUAUUUUAAUUUUUGGGAUUAUGUGACUCUACGGACACUGGUAUAAUAUCAGAAUCUAGAAAGGAUGAUGGGGUUUGAUAUGCAAUUGAAUCUGUUUUCAGAGUUUGAAAUAAAUAUAUUUUUAUUUUGCUACUAAA